GGCGAGGCAGGAGCCAUGGAUCCCGGGCCGCCCCCGCCGCAGCCAGCCCCCCAGGGCCAGGGGCCGCCGCCCGCGCAGGCCCCCCAGGGCCAGGGCCCGCCGUCCGCGCCCGGGCAGCCCGCGCCUCCGGGGCCCCCGGCGGCGCCGCAGGCCCCCCCCGCCGGCCACCAGAUCGUGCACGUCCGGGGGGACUCGGAGACCGACCUGGAGGCGCUCUUCAACGCCGUCAUGAACCCCAAGACGGCCAACGUGCCGCAGACCGUGCCCAUGAGGCUCCGGAAGCUGCCCGACUCCUUCUUCAAGCCGCCCGAGCCCAAAUCCCACUCCCGACAGGCCAGUACCGAUGCAGGCACCGCCGGGGCGCUGACUCCGCAGCACGUGCGGGCUCACUCGUCCCCCGCGUCCCUGCAACUGGGAGCCGUGUCUCCGGGGACGCUGACCCCCACGGGAGUGGUCUCCGGCCCGGCAGCCGCACCGGCUGCUCAGCACCUUCGACAGUCUUCCUUUGAGAUCCCUGACGAUGUGCCUCUGCCAGCCGGCUGGGAGAUGGCGAAGACAUCUUCUGGUCAGAGGUACUUCUUAAAUCACAUAGAUCAGACAACAACCUGGCAGGACCCCAGGAAGGCCAUGCUCUCCCAGAUGAACGUCAGCACCCCGACCAGCCCACCGGUGCAGCAGAACGUGAUGAAUUCGGCCUCGGGUCCUCUUCCUGACGGAUGGGAACAAGCCAUGACUCAGGAUGGAGAAAUAUACUAUAUAAACCACAAGAACAAGACCACCUCUUGGCUAGACCCCAGGCUUGACCCUCGUUUUGGUAAAGCCAUGAACCAGAGAAUCAGUCAAAGUGCUCCAGUGAAGCAGCCCCCCCCGCUGGCCCCCCAGAGCCCACAGGGAGGAGUCCUGGGCGGUGGCAGUUCCAACCAGCAGCAACAGAUGCGGCUGCAGCAGUUGCAGAUGGAGAAAGAAAGACUGCGACUGAAGCAGCAAGAACUGCUGCGGCAGGUGAGGCCCCAGGCAAUGCGGAAUAUCAAUCCCAGCACAGCCAAUUCUCCAAAAUGUCAGGAAUUAGCUCUCCGUAGCCAGUUACCAACACUGGAGCAGGAUGGUGGGACUCAAAAUCCAGUAUCUUCUCCUGGGAUGUCUCAGGAAUUGAGAACCAUGACGACCAAUAGCUCAGAUCCCUUUCUUAACAGUGGCACCUAUCACUCUCGCGAUGAGAGCACAGACAGCGGACUCAGCAUGAGCAGCUACAGCGUCCCUCGGACCCCUGACGACUUCCUGAACAGUGUUGAUGAGAUGGAUACAGGUGACACUAUCAACCAAAGCACCCUGCCCUCCCAGCAGAACCGUUUCCCAGACUAUCUUGAAGCCAUUCCUGGGACAAACGUGGACCUCGGAACCCUGGAGGGAGAUGGGAUGAACAUAGAAGGGGAGGAGCUGAUGCCGAGCCUGCAAGAAGCGUUGAGCUCCGACAUCCUCAACGACAUGGAGUCUGUUUUGGCCGCCACCAAGCUAGAUAAAGAAAGCUUUCUUACAUGGUUAUAGAGCCCUCAGGUAGACUGAAUUCUAAAUCUGUGAAGGAUCUAAGGAGAUAAGACCUAUACCUGAAAUUUCCAGUUAAGCCAGGGGCAGUCUUCUGGCUAAUACAGAAAAAGAUGAACAAACGUCCAGCAGGAUUCUUUCAUCCACUAUUUUGCUCUUCCUUGUCCAUUGCUGCUGUUAAUAUAUUGCUGACCUCUUCCAUAGUUGGCUCUAAGGAAUCAAAAAAAAAAACUUUUUUGUUUCUUUUGCUAUUGUAACUACUGUUUGUUUUGGGGGCUGGGGGAAGUGAGCCUGUUUGGAUGAUGGAUGCCAUUCCUUUUGCCCAGUUAGAUGUUCACCAAUCAUUUUAACUAAAUACUCAGACUUGGAAGUCAAAUGCUUCAUGUCACGGCAUUUAGUUUGUUCAAGCAAUUGUUCUUCAGCUGCCUUUGGCCAGUGGAAAAACAUGACUUACUGGUCUAACAAGCCAAAAAUGUUGUAUCUGACGUUUAGUACUUAGACUGAUUUGAAGAGCUAGCUGAAACCAAGGCUGAAGACUGUUUUACUUUCAGUGGGUUUUUUCCUCCUAGUGCUAUCAUUAGUCACAUAGUGACCUUGAUUUUAUUUUAGGAGCUUAUAAGGCUUGAGAUAAUUUCCAUAGAAAUAUAUUAAUUAUUGCCACAUACUCUAGUAUAGAUUUUGGUGGGUUUUAUUGUGGGGUUUUUUUGUUUGUUUUCUUUUUUUUUUUUUUUUUGGUCUUCAUUGGGAUUUUUAUUGUCUUAGGGGUUUUUCUUUUUUUUUCUUUUUUCCUCAGAAUCUAAGGCAAAUUACCAUUGUAGUGCAUCUGUUUAUACUUGUAGCUUGGGACAGUUAUUAUAGUUCCUUUGGUAAAUCUACAAGUCCUGGUUUUUUUUACCAUCUUAUUUAAAUCUUGGUAAUCAGCUCUCUUUAUAUAUACCCACACACACACUUAUAAUGUUUAUAAUAGUGUGAUAGCAGAAUGUAUCUUUUUUUUUUUUUUUUUUGAGUUUUCCCUACUUUCCAAUUUAUUUUAAAAUGGUAGCUAUGAAUGUAUGCAUUUAGAAUACAAGACUAGUAGUUUAUAUUUCACAAGUAGUCUAAAUCCGGUUGGGGUAGUGUGCAGGUGGUGGUGGUUUAGUGUUCUAGAAAGGGCUAUUCUUAUGGAUAGUGCCUCGAGGAGUCUUGUAUGACCUCUGGGCACACAGUGGAUAUUAUCUGCUGAAUUUGAAAGAAGUUAACAAGAAAUGGCUUUAUUAUCCCCUUUAGCUUUGGAAGAUUACCUUCGCCUUAGUUUUGGAGUAAAAUCUAGUAGUUUAGUUCUCUUUUAUAAUGAACACAUUAAAAACUACAUUGAAAUAUUGCCUACAAAAUUGUUUUUACUUAUAAGACUUGCUCCUACUUUUAUAUGCUGAGAAUUUACCCUGGAUAGUAUAUGGGAUACUGUAAGGUCAUAAGUUAGCUGGUAAAGUGAUCAGAUUAAUGUAUAUUACUAGUUGAUUUUAGCAAAGAGAUAGAGGUAAUCAUGAUUAUACUUUUAUUUUUACUGGAAGAGAUAUAACUAGAGUAUGUGUCUACAGGAAUAAUAAUGUUUUCCAAAGAGUAUUUUUAAAGGAACAAAAUGAGCAUGAAUCAACCCUUCAAUAUAAGCUAUGAAGUAAUACUUGCUUGUGAAUUAUAGUGGCAUCAGCUAGCAGCACCUCUACGAUUAAGGGUCUUUCAGUGUUUAUAGAGUAAGCCCUUAUUUUCAAGGGUUUAUAAGACAUAAAAUCUCUCUUUUUCUGGCUAAAACUGCUAUGAAAAGCCUCAACUUCGGAAAAUAGGUGGGGUUUUUUUUCUGAUUACAAAAUAUAAGUAUUUUGACCCUUCAGUUUAGAGGAUUGCAAAAGUUGGAAGUCAAGUUUUAUAUUAGGUAAUUUCAGUGCUCAAAAUGCAGUCGUUGUGUUAUAUAUAUUGAUUCAUAGGUCGAUCAUUCGUAAUAAUUGACUCUAAGGCUAUUAUUAAAACAGCAGAAAGAUUAAAUCUUGAAUUACGUCUGGGGGGAAAUGGCCACUGUGCAGAUAGAUGUAUUGAUUUUUCUUUUUUUUUUUUAGAGGAAAAAUGAAAUUCUGCCUAGAAUGCAUAAUUGAGUUUAUGGAUGGAUGAUACAGCAUGUUGGCUUUUUUAUAUGCAGAAGAUCAAAGCUACUUAGAAGGAGUGCCUACAAUUUGCCAUUAGCCACAAAUUAAGAUCUCAUCUUAUAUAUCAGCAGAGUAGCUUUAGAUUAGGGGAGAGGGUGGGAAAAUGGGAGGGGGGCUGUAAAGAUUUAGUGGGACCUUGAUAGAGAACUUUAUAAGCUUCUUUUUCUUCAAUAAAAACUUGUCUUGCAUAUUGCUGUCAUUAAAGGCAGUUGUUCCUAAAAUUUCAAUCACUUAAGUACACCCACAAAACAAAAACAUGGAGUUCUUCAUUCCCCGACAACUUGGAUUUACCCAGUUAUACCUCAGUGUUGUGGCAGCACCGUGGUGCCUGAAGGACACGGCGCUUUGACCUAACCGUACCCGUUGUACUGACCUGAAGGAGACCUAAGCCUUUCUCUUCAUGAAUUUGAAUCACAGCCUUGAUGUGGUCUUUCUUGUUUUUUGUCCUUGUUCCUAAUGUAAAAGUGUUUAACUGCUUCCUGGUUGUAUUGGGUGGCAUUGGAAUAAGAUUUUAACUGGGUAUUCUUGAAUUGCUUUUACAAUAAACCAAUUUUAUAAUCUUUAAAUUUAUCAGCUUUUUACAUUUGUGUUCUUUUUAGUUAGGGCUUAUUAGAUCUACUUACGGUUGAUGGAGCGUAUUGAUUUGUAGUUUCAGAUUUUCCAGAGCACUAUUUGUUAUAAUAACUAUUUUCUAAACAACAGUGCUUUAAAAAAAAUUAGAAAGUAACUUUUAUACAAAUGAUGUUGCUGUUUUAAGUAUUCAUACUAAAUAGAUGCAUUUUAUAUGGAACCUUGGCAGAAACACUAAAAUUUUAAAAAUAAAACUAAUUGUGUAAUUCAUAAUUUAUACUAAUCAGUGUUGAAACUCAAACAGUGCGAAAGUGGGAGGCAAUAUCCAGUGAUUUACAGUUUCAUAACUUCUUCACAACUGAGAAAUGAAUGCUCGGAUCAAUUUUAUCUUCCAUAAGCACGUUUUUAUAAGAAUUGUGGGUGUGCCUAUCUUAACAGUUGUUUUCUGUGUCUUGGCAAAAUAUUCUCCACAUUUUAAAUGUUUUAUAUUAGAGAAUUCUUUAAUGCACACUUGUCAAAUAUAUAUAUAUAGUACCAAUGUUACCUUUUUAUUUUUUGUUUUAGAUGUAAGAGCAUGCUCAUAUGUUAGGUACUUACAUAAAUUGUUACAUUAUUUUUCUUAUGUAAUACCUUUUUGUUUGUUUAUAUGGUUCAAAUAUAUUCUUUCUUUAAACGCUU